AUGAAUAACGCUGCAGAGGCAACUACUGCUCCGGUAGGGGGCAUAAAGACCACAACAGGCACCACUCCAGAGCAGGACAUUAGGAACAGAACAUCCUCAAAGCAGAACCUCGUGCCUCCUUUACGGUUAGACCGCGUGUCCUCACCGGAAAAGGAACCAAUACUAAACCAAGCGGAGUUGAUCGCGUCGCAUGAUGGAGAGGACCACGAAGUCGUGUCUAGCUCUGUGGAACCGCCGACGAGUGCGUCUUCUUCGAGGGCGGGAGAUCAAGAACUCGGGGUGAGUAGGACGACGCCAAAAGUCGUUGACUCAGCCUUACAGGACACUGCAUCAGCUUCAGUAUUGAAAAAGGACCCGCCUUCUACAGGAACCAACGACGUUGAGGAAAAGACCCCUGCAAGAAGUACUGCUGCAAGCACAAGCCCGGGAAAACAGAACAGGGGGAAGAGGAAUAAGAGGAAGAACAAAUGA